CCCGAACGGCCACAGCCUGAGGAGAGAUCUAGAGGGUGAAACUAGAGAGAGAGUAGGGUUUUCUCUCUCUCGUUUGGGUUUUCUAGGGUUUGUGUUUGGAGGGGAUCGUUCGUUUUUCAUCGUAAUGGCCGAGGAGAGCGAGAACGGGAGGAUCAAGGGGACAGUGAAGUGGUUCGAUGACCAGAAGGGUUAUGGGUUCAUCACACCUGAUGAUGGUAGCGAAGAUCUAUUCGUUCACCAGUCUUCUAUCAGAUCUGAGGGCUUUCGCAGCCUCGGAGAUGGUGAAGCGGUGGAGUUUGUGAUCGAGACCGGUGGUGAUGGCCGUACCAAGGCAGUUGAUGUUACUGGCCCCAACGAGGCCCCUAUUCAGGGUACUACUCGGGGUGGCGGCGGCGGCGGCGGCGGAGGGCGAGGUGGCGGCGGAGGAGGACGAAGUGGUGGUGGGUAUGGAGGCGGUGGUGGAGGGUAUGGAGGCGGUGACCGUGGGUAUGGAGGUGGUGGCGGAGGGUAUGGAGGUGGUGGUAGGUAUGGAGGCGGUGGCGGAGGUGGAGGAAGUGGCUGUUACAAGUGUGGUGAGGCUGGGCAUUUGGCAAGAGACUGCUAUCAGGGUGGCGGCGGUGGAGGCGGAAGGUAUGGCAGCAGCGGCGGCGGCGGUGGUGGAAGGUAUGGUGGCGGCGGCGGAGGUGGUGGAGGAAGGUAUGGAGGCGGCGGAGGUGGUGGAAGUGGGUGUUUCAAAUGUGGUGAGGAAGGGCAUUUUGCCCGAGAAUGCCCCCAAGCUGACCGCUGA